UUCGCCUCCCCUCCCGCCUGCGCGACUGGGGGCGCAGCGGACGACCAUGAGAGAUAAGGACUGAGAACCAGGAAGGGGAAGCGAGCCCGCCGAGAGGUGGCGGGGGCUGUCCACGCCAAGGGCCACAGCGGCCGCGCUCCGGCCUCGCUCCGCCGCUCCACGCCUCGCGGGGGCAGCCCGGCCGGCCGGCGAUGCCCGGGCUGGGGCGCAGGGCGCAGUGGCUGUGCUGGUGGUGGGGGCUGCUGUGCAGCUGCGGGCCCCCGCCGCUCCGGUACCCCCUGCCUGUGGCCGCGGCCGCCGCCGGGGGGCAGCUGCCGGGAGGCGGCGGGAACCCGGUUGGCGCGGAGCAGCCGCCGCCGCAGUCUUCGGGCUUCCUCUACCGGCGGCUCAAGACGCACGAGAAGCGGGAGAUGCAGAAGGAGAUCCUGUCGGUGCUGGGACUCCCGCAUCGGCCGCGACCCCUGCACGGCCUCCAGCUGCCGCAGACCCCGGUACUCCCGCAGCAGCAGACAGCCCGCGAGGAGCCCCCUCCGGGGCGGCUGAAGUCCGCGCCGCUCUUCAUGCUGGAUCUCUACAACGCCCUGUCCAACGACGAUGAAGAGGAUGGAGUGUCCGACGGGGACAGGCGGCAGCCUGGGCCCCACGGAGGGGUCAGCUCGCCCCAGCUCCGGCAGCCGUCUCCGGGAACCGCACACCCCCUGAACCGAAAGAGCCUUUUGGCCCCGGGACCCGGCGGCGCAUCCCCACUGACCAGCGCGCAGGACAGCGCCUUCCUCAACGACGCCGACAUGGUCAUGAGCUUUGUGAACCUAGUGGAGUACGACAAGGAGUUCUCCCCUCGCCAGCGACACCACAAAGAGUUCAAGUUCAACUUAUCCCAGAUUCCUGAGGGUGAGGCGGUGACGGCUGCAGAGUUCCGCAUCUACAAGGACUGUGUUGUGGGGAGUUUUAAAAACCAAUCUUUUCUUAUCAGCAUUUAUCAAGUCUUACAGGAGCAUCAGCACAGAGACUCUGACCUCUUUUUGUUGGACACCCGUGUUGUGUGGGCCUCAGAAGAAGGAUGGCUAGAAUUUGACAUCACAGCCACUAGCAAUCUGUGGGUGGUGACACCACAGCACAACAUGGGGCUCCAGCUGAGUGUGGUGACCCGAGAUGGACUCCACGUCAACCCCCGUGCUGCGGGCCUGGUGGGCAGAGACGGCCCUUACGACAAGCAGCCCUUCAUGGUGGCCUUCUUCAAGGUGAGCGAGGUCCAUGUGCGCACCACCAGGUCAGCCUCCAGUCGGCGCCGACAGCAGAGUCGCAAUCGGUCCACCCAGUCACAGGACGUGUCCCGGAGCUCCAGCAGUUCAGAUUAUAACAGCAGUGAAUUAAAAACAGCUUGCAGGAAGCAUGAACUUUAUGUGAGCUUCCAGGACCUGGGAUGGCAGGACUGGAUCAUUGCACCCAAAGGCUAUGCUGCCAAUUACUGUGAUGGAGAGUGCUCCUUCCCACUGAACGCCCACAUGAAUGCCACCAACCAUGCCAUCGUGCAGACCUUGGUUCACCUUAUGAAUCCCGAGUAUGUCCCCAAACCAUGCUGUGCACCAACUAAACUAAAUGCCAUCUCAGUUCUUUAUUUUGAUGACAACUCCAAUGUCAUCCUGAAAAAAUACAGGAAUAUGGUUGUGAGAGCUUGUGGAUGCCAUUAAGACAAAGCCAGCUGUGCCAGGGAGAUUCUGCCUUGGAUUACAUCUGCCUUAAAACACACAGAAGCACAGUGGAAGUGGGACGAUGAUGCUUUGACACCAUCUCCUGCUGGUGCCUUACUGCCCAAGGAUGAUUUUAAGAGGACAUCAUUAAUAACUUGUUCAACUCGUAACUACCAUGAAAAGUUGUUGGUCCAGAGGAAGCUGAGUUUGUGUUUGCAGUAUAUGUCUGGGAACUGCAAAAACAGAACUCUGAAGACCCCCUCUCCCCCAAUAAAAUCCCAUCCAGAUUAGUUUUAGCUUUUAGAUCAAGCUGUCUGUGGUAUAAGUAGGGAGAAUAAUCUUGGACUGUAACUCCCUUGCUGGUUCAGUAAUACAUGUCUGAGGUAGAUAACAUAAUGGAGUGUGUGUUGGGGGGGGGGUAGCUCUAUUCCUAGAUCUCAUUCCCAGCAAGGCCAGUUCACACACGAUCAGUAGUCUGGCCAUACGCAGGACUCUAUGGAGGUGCCUUCUGUCUGUUGGUACCUGUUUGUGUGUCUUGGUGGUAUGAAAAUGUACUUAUUUGAGUCAAAGCAAACCACUUCCACACCCUUCUCUUCCUCCACUUGCUGUAUUCUUUAUUAGACCCCAAAGAAGACUGGCCACACUUUGAGGUGGGGGCUUGAGGGGCCACAAAGCUUCUUCAAAAGCCUUCACUCUAACCAUACAGCAGUGGAAAGUGAGCGUGCACCUCUUAAGCAGGCAGGCUCUGACAAGCACGAGCAUCAGGAACGCUGGCUCUAACAUCCCAGUGAUGACAUUAAUGCGCCCCUUAGCCUUCCCUCUACAGCACUGUUCCAUGGCACUGGGCUAGAGUGCACAGCAGAAGCUCAUGGAGGAAGGGCACCUCUAAGAAUGCAUUUGUUAAGGUGAGUGUGCUGUUUGUGAACCAAAAUCACAAUUUCUUCUUGUAGAAAGACUCGGAAUAAAUCUUAGACUAUUUUUUAAAUGUCUUUUUCACAAUCAUGUACUGGGAAACCAAUUUCAUACUAAACUGAUUAAAUAAUACAUUUAUAAUCUGUAACUGUUUGUACUUACAGCUUUUUUUGUAAAUAGAAACUAUAAUUUAUUGUCUAUUUUAUAUCCAUUUUGCUGUAACAUUUAAGAAAAGACCAGACUUUUUCUUAAAAAAAAAAAAAAGUUUAUUUAGAAAGUAUAAACCAAUUGUACCACUUGAAUUUUCUUUUAAUACAAGACUCAUGAUGCAAAGCUGAUGCCACCUGUGGGCUGGGCCUCUCUAGAGAGCUGUUUUUAAAGGACAGCUGUGAACCACACAUGGUUAAUAAUAAAAUUUCCUUAAGGCAGAGGCUGGCAGAGGUGCCUCUGUUCCUUCUGCUCACAGCGUAGACGUGGUCUUGAGUUUUCUGUACAUUCUGUGCCAGCUGUGGAUAUCCCUCCUGCUCGUGGGAGGCGGGUGAAGCACCUCAGCACAGAGGGUUAUGAGGACAAGUAACUCGAUGGAAAGACAGACAUAGACAUGAAGAGCACUUAGCCCCAGGGUUGCUGCUUUGCAAAGGUGAGA